AGUCAAGGCCGGUGGAAGGAGGCCGAAGAGCUAGAAGCAAAAGAACUAGGAAUCUGCUCGAGGGUGCUUGGGGAGGAGCAUCCUUCCACGCUGACCAGCAUGGCCAACCUAGCGUCGACGUACAGGAAUCAAGGCCGGUGGAAGGAGGCCGAAGAUCUGGGCGUGCAAGUGAUGGAGACGAGAAAGAGGGUGCUUGGGGAGGAGCAUCUAGACACGCUGACCAGCAUGGCUAACCUGGCGUUUACGUUAAAGGGUCAGGGACUUACAAAUAAAGCCAUCCCACUAAUGGAGGACUGCUGCAGGCUGCGGACCGUAGUUUUGGGUCCUCAACAUCCCUUUGCUAUAUCAUCUCGCAAAACUCUUACGACAUGGCAGUCAGGGGCAAUAGCACUUAGCAAACAGAAUAACACCUAA